AUGUCUCUUCUGUUGACCAAGAUAGAAGGCACUGGCAACGGCAUCAAGACUGUCAUACCCAACAUGUCUGACGUCGCCCGCGCGCUAAGCCAACUGCCCAUGUACCCUACCAAGUUCUUCGCCUGCGAAGUUGGCGCGCAGACGUCGUUCGACGAGAAGAACGAUGGCUACAUUGUUAAUGGUGCGCAUGAUGUAACCAAGCUGCGCGAGCUUCUGGACGGGUUCAUCGACAAGUUCGUGCUGUGCAAGUCAUGCAAGACCCCCCAGACGGAUCUCAUCAUCACCAAGAACGACGAGAUCAUCCAUGACUGCAAGGCGUGUGGCGAGUGCACUGGCGUCGACAUACGCUACAAGCCGACGACGUUCAUUCUCAAAAACCCGCCCAAGGCCAGCUCAAAGAAGAGCAAGGGAAUGAAACAGGCCAGCGGCGAUGGCAGCCCGAGCCUUAGCGCUAACAGCGAUGGCCAUAAGAACGGUGAUGCUGCAGAUGAGGCAGACGUUGCUCCUUUGGUGCGAACUCAGGAUGUCCUGCUUGAGGGCAUCAUACAGAUCGCGUAUGCUGCCCGCGAAAUCUUUCGGUAUGUCGCAAUACGUAGUUCUGACGUUCGUGUUUUGACCGCGCUGAAACACCUCAUACAAUCCAUCUCGUUUCCAGGGCACACGCCGUUCUAA